AUGUCCGCCUUCGCCCUCCCCUCGGCCCUCCCGUCCGCCGUCUCCCUUUCUCGCACCCGUCACACCCUUUGCCCCCGGCGCGCUUCCCCGCGCACCCCUGUGCGGCGCCGCCCGCCAUGCGCACAGCAGCCAUCGCAGUCCCCCGACUACGGCGCAGGCUUCAUGCCUGAGUCCGACCCAGACUACGAGGAAGUCCGCGUCCUCUCCUUCGGCCCGACGCGCAACGACGGCUCCCUCCUCACCCUGCGCCCAGUCUCGGGCGGUGACCGUGCCUUCAAGAUGUCCGUCACCGUCGCCCAGGCCGACUCCAUCCGCGCUGCCCUCGCGCGUACCAGAAGGAACAGGCACAUCCCACACCCCUCCUCCACCCCCUUCUCCGAGCCCUCCGCUCACCUCCCCACCGGCCGUCUGGACUACACCCUGAUGCGCCCGGCCACGCACGACCUCUUCAAGGACGUCCUCGACCUGUUCGGCGGCUUCGUAACCAAGGCCGCCAUCACCCACAUCCAGGACGAGGUCUUCAUCGCCCGCGUCUGGGUGCGCGGCCCGUUCGCCGUCACGCAGGACGAAGUCCACAUCGACUCGCGUCCGAGCGACGCUAUCGCCAUGGCUCUGCGCAGCCGCGCACCGCUCUACCUUAACAAGCACCUGCUUCGCCAGUGGAACGUGUCCGUCGAGGCCAUCGCGCGCGACGCCAAGCACGGUCUGUGCGAGUGCGUCACCGACUACCCCGACGAAGUCAAGAGUACGCGCUCCAUCGUGCACGAGCUCAAGGGCUCGCCGGAGCAUCUCAUCCUGGCCAAGCUGCGCAUGGAGCUCGACCUUGCCGUCCGCUUGGAGCGGUUCCAGGAAGCCAGCCGUCUGCGCGAGCAGAUCGCGUCCAUUUGCCCCAUCGAUAGGCUCAGCGAUCAACUCAAAUGCGCGAUAGAUGAGGAAAGAUACCUCGACGCCGCCAAGCUGCAAGACCAGAUCACGCUGUGGCGCGCAAGGGUCCGCAUGUGGGAGAAGGGCUCGAUCAACAUAGAGGACUUGCAGGGCGGGAUUGAGGACUGCGGCAAUUGUUGAGUCACACGGCGCGGCACAUGCCCGCUUUUGUGAUGAAGAAGGGGGUUUUGGCGCUUUUUGUAGUGCUGUGCGCUACGUUGUGAAUUUGUCGAAGGGCAGCUUGCUGCAGGUUAUGGGGCGGCUGCGCUGCGCCUUUUUUAUUCUCCGGGCCUGUCUUCCAGUCGCUUGCCGAGGACGUGGCCGCAUGCCUUUGAUGCGUUUCCUUACUGCCGUGUUGUGUUGGUCGUUCGACGUGGUCGCGACAUGCUGUUGCGUGUAAUUUUUGUAGAGUAUAGAGAUGGCAGUUGUAAACACGGCAGUACUUGGAUGGAUACAUUUUCUCAUACAAGAUGCAUACACA